UAAUUAUAUACUAAAACAUUUAUUUUUUAAAUUUAUUUUAAUUUCAUUUAUAUACAUUUUAUAUUUAUUUCUCAAUUGAUUUUUAUUUUUGUAGAAUAUCUAUAAAUUUCAUGGAAUUUAACACUUUUGGCAAUGAACACAUUAAUAUUAUCUGGAAUAAGAUCCAGGGUUGAAAUAUCAAAUGAUUUACUUUGUAAACAUUUAUUUAAUAAAUAUUAUCGCAAUUACGGCGUUUCUGGAAGUUACGGAGCUAGUAUUUACGGCGUUCAAAACACAGCCACCAACUCAAGACUAGUCAAAUUACCAACUGAGAAACCCAAACCUUCUAUAAGCUUAAAUCCCCGCCUACAUGUAGCUAGAUGGCCUGGUAAUAUCAGGUCUCUUAGGGCGAAUUAUUUUUUCAGGGAUACCCAGAAGAGUAACACUGGAUACUAUCAAAUGUUAAUAAAGGACGGAGAUGAGGUGAAGAAGGAUUUAUGCUUUGUAUCAAAUAUAGAGAAGAAUUUAACCUGUACGAGGACUAUUGAGUCCUGUGUAUCAGAACAGACUAGAGGUUUUGUAGGUCAAGUUCUCCUCCAUGGAAGAGGUGUAAAGGCAUAUUUUGAACCAGAAUUUCCUAACUUAAUGUUCAGAUUAGGUGUAGGUUCAAAGUGCAUUGAUGCUACUAGAAUUUGUACUAUGUACUCUAAAUACGUUAGGGUAGACGUUGACAGAACUGGGUUAAUUGUGAGUGUUCACGGGUAUAAUAAGAUGAUGGUUGGGAAUGUGGUAUAUCGUAUUUUCAGAAUCGUUGAAGCUAAUCCUUAUACUAUGAAAGGCGGUCAUAUUGCCAAUCAUCCAAUUACUCAAAAAAUAAAGAAAAAGAGAUAAUCCCAUCCCUCUAAUAAUCUUUAAAAUAUAAAAAUGAUAAAUUAAAUU